AUGAAUUCAUUUGCUGAUCGAUUUUUCGAUUCUUCAGUAGUGUAAUAAUUGAUGAAAAAAAAUCAGAAAAAGUAAUAAAUUGAUUUAUUAUAAAUAAUUAUAUGUCAGUAAGAAUCUAAUGCACUAUAUAAUAGAAGCAAGAACUAGAUUGAAAUAAUUGAGUUUAUUUAAAAAGAAUAUCUUGGUGGAGAAAAGAAAAUUGGUUGUUAUUAAAUGAAGUGGAUUCAGAUUUAAUUUAAAUUCUAUUUAAAUUAGUUAAAUGGAAUAGAGAAUGAUUUCUUAAUUGGAAUGGUUUUCUUCUAGAAUUUAUUUGGCAAUUUGUAAUGA